GCCCGGAGAGCCAAGAGGGAGGAGCGCGGUGAUCUCCGACAGCCGCCUGCCCGCCCCCGCGCCGCCCGCGCGCAACAGUUCCCCCAAAGUUGCAGCCCAGGAGGCGGGCGCGCACGGGCGGCCGAGGGGCGGGCGGCCAGCGGGGACGCGGCCUCGAGGCCCAGCGCGGAGAGUCCCGGCGGGCGGCGGCGGCGGCGGCGGCAUGGGCACCCGGCAGACCAAAGGCAGCCUGGCGGAGAGAGCCAGCCCCGGCGCCGCGCCGGGCCCCCGUCGCGAACGGCCAGACUUCUGGGCGUCGCUGCUGCUGCGCGCUGGGGACAAGGCGGGGCGCGCGGGCGCGGGGAUGCCCCCCUACCACCGGCGCGUCGGCAUGGUCCAGGAGCUGCUGCGGAUGGUGCGCCAGGGCCGGCGGGAGGAGGCGGGGACGCUGCUGCAGCACCUGCGCCAGGACCUGGGCAUGGAGUCGACCUCGCUGGAUGACGUUCUGUAUCGCUAUGCCAGCUUCCGGAACCUGGUGGACCCCAUCACACAUGACCUCAUCAUCAGCCUGGCACGCUACAUCCACUGUCCCAAGCCGGAAGGCGAUGCGCUGGGCGCCAUGGAGAAGCUGUGCCGUCAGCUGACAUACCACCUCAGCCCCCACUCCCAGUGGAGACGGCACCGGGGGCUGGUGAAAAGGAAGCCACAGGCCUGUCUCAAGGCUGUCCUGGCGGGGAGCCCCCCAGACAACACAGUGGACCUGUCAGGCAUCCCACUGACCUCCCGAGACCUGGAGCGGGUGACCAGCUACCUGCAGCGCUGUGGGGAGCAGGUGGACAGUGUGGAGCUGGGCUUCACAGGCCUCACGGAUGACAUGGUCCUGCAGCUGCUGCCCGCACUCAGCACCCUGCCCCGCCUCACCACACUGGCGCUCAACGGCAACCAGCUGACCCGGGCCGUGCUGCGUGACCUCACUGACAUCCUUAAGGAUCCCAGCAAGUUCCCCAACGUCACGUGGAUUGACCUGGGCAACAACGUGGACAUCUUCUCCUUGCCCCAGCCCUUCCUGCUCAGCCUGCGCAAGCGAUCCCCAAAGCAGGGCCACCUGCCCACGAUCCUGGAGCUGGGUGAGGGCCCGGGCAGUGGGGAGGAGGUCUGGGAAGGGACAGUAGGCCAGGAGGACCCUGGAGGGGGCCCUGUGGCACCUGCCAAAGACCUUGAGGGCAAGGAGACUGUAGCUGCAGCUCAGACGUGACACGGAAGUGAGGGGCCUCACCAGGGAGUCCUUGUGGGGUGGAACGGCCAAGGCAGGCAGGGUAGGUGCUUCUCCUAUCAGGUGGGCUAAGGCUAUUGCCAAAAACUGGCCUGGGCAGCCCACCUACAGAGGCAGACCAUAGCAUCUGGGGAAGGGGACUUGUGAUACUUCCCAUUGGUCCUCUCCAUCUGCCCCCACAAAUCCCAUUACCUGUCAUUUGGCUCUUAAGUCAUCCCAGGCCCCUGAGACCCUUCUGAGCUCAGCCCAUGGCCUUCCCCAAAGACUUGUGGAAAUGGGCAUAUUGCUGGAGGUACUGGAAGCCUGAGCCAAUGUGAACACCAAGAGCUUUCCCCUAGAGAAGGAAUACAGCAGGGCCCCUACGUG